CUAGGUGCCCCGCCCAUGCCUGAGCAGCUUGUGGCGCAUGCGCGAGCGGGCUGGGGCUGUGUGCAGGGCCAACGCGGAGCCGGAGCAGCUGCGGUGAAGCUCCUGGGCUCCGCUGAGACCGUCGCGCCCGCUCGUCGCCUCGAAGUAGCAGCUUCAAGCCGUCGCCGCUACUGGGUGAGCGGCCGCCUAUUGUCCUUCUCGGCGGCGAAGGUGCGGAGCUGCUCUGGCUGGGCCCGCGGGGGAGCCCCGGGCGCCGCACGAACCUUCGCCAGAACCUUCCCCAGAAUCUUCCUCAGGACCUUCCCCGGAACCUUCCCCAGAACCUUCCCUAGACCAAAAAGGGACACAGUGCUGCAUCGCCUGCAUCUGUCCUGGGUCAUGAAACUUAAUCCACAGCAAGCUCCGUUAUAUGGUGACUGUGUGGUUACGGUGUUGCUGGCUGAGGAGGACAAAGUUGAGGAUGAUGUAGUUUUUUAUUUGGUAUUUUCGGGUUCCACCCUCCAUCACUGCACAAGUACACGGAAGGUCAGUGCUGAUACGCUGGAGACCAUUGCUCCUGGUCACGACUGCUGUGAGACCGUGCGGGUGCAGCUGUGUGCUUCCAAGGACGGCCUUCCCGUGUUCGUGGUGGCCGAGCAAGACUUCCGGUUUGUCCAGGAUGAGGCGUACGACGCAGCCCAGUUCCUGGCCGCCAGCGCCGGCAACCAGCAGGCCCUGAACUUCACCCGUUUCCUCGACCGGUCAGGACCCCCGUCUGGGGAUGUGAAUUCCCUUGAUGAGAAGGUUGCCCUGGCAUUCAGACACCUGAAGCUGCCAGCGGAGUGGAAUGUGUUGGGGACAGAUCAGACGUCUCAUGACGGCGGCCCCCGGGAGACGUUGAUGCAUUUUGCUGUGCGGCUGGGCCUGCUGAGGUUGACGUGGUUCCUGCUGCAGAAGCCCGGUGGCCGCGGGGCCCUCAGCAUCCACAACCAGGAAGGGGCGACACCUGUGAGCCUGGCCCUGGAGCGGGGCUAUCACCAGCUGUACCAGCUUCUAACCGAGGAGAACGCCGGAGAACCAGACUCCUGGAGCCGUCUAUCCUAUGAGAUACCUUACGGAGACUGUUCUGUGAGGCACCAUCGAGAGCUGGACGUCUAUACGUUAACCUCUGAGUCCGAAGCGCACCAUGAACCCCCAUUUCCUGGAGACCGUUGCACUGGACACAUAUUUAAACUUAGGAACAUCCAACAGCAGCUAAUGAAAACAAACCUUAAGCAGAUGGACAAUCCCAUGCCCUUAAUGGUGACAGCACAGGAUCCUUCAGGUGUGCCCGCUGCUCAGGAUACAGACAGCCAGUGUCUCUGCUGUGCGUCAGCCCCCAGGGACGGCCAGCAGCGCCCUCUUCCCGAAGACACCGCAAGCUCUCCGGGCUGCCCAGGGAGCACUGCCGGGGGGAUUGCAAGUUCCUGCGAUUUGUCAGGUGUGGCUAAGGAGGAGCACACAGACUGUUCCUGCGGGAGGAGAACAGGUGUGGAGAGAAAAGGGGAAGAGGUGGAGGCAGCACGUGCUGCGGACUGUGGAGCCGCAUCUGGGCCCAGCCACUGCCUGCAGAGUGUGCCCGAUUGUGAAGGAAAGGGCGCAGGGGGCGUCCCCUGCUGUGGACUCAGAGACGGAGAAACCGGAACAGAAUCUGCCGCACUGGCCGCGGACCAGGAGUCUCCAGGCGCCGGAGACCACGUCCCGCGGGGAGACGUGGCCAUGCAGCCGGGCACCGCUGCCAUUCGGCAUCUGUCUGGAGGGGAGCUUGCAGUCGGCGUCCCAGCGACUGCUGGGGACCCAAAAUGUGAUCUCGGGAACACAGACGCCCCCACCCAGAAGAACGUGCUCGAAGCUGGGGGGAGCACGGGCGAAGAGGUUGCCAGCUCUGGUGUCAGCACGGCUGGAGCCUGUGAUGGAAGAGGCCCGAGGAAGCCUGCAGGUGAAGCCGGCGCUCCUCACGGCGUCCCUGCCACUGCUUCCCUGGAGGCUUCCGGACCUGUCGAGUGUUCACCUGCAGGCAGUAACGGAGAAGCCUCCACCGUCAAAACUGCAGAGACUGAAACUUCGCGAGGUUGUGAGGGGGGCGCUGGGGUUCCACCAAAUCCGAGCCCCCCAGUACUUGCAGCUGCAGCAGAAGACACGCCUGCCGAUGGGUUUGAGCCCUGUGCUCCCUUGGCAGGCACAGGUGUGCCAGCAUCGCCCUCUGGCCUAACCUUUCCUGGGCCCCAAAAAGACACGGCAAACCAGGAGCCAGAAACGGAUUCACCUCCCAUCCAAAGCCCAAACGGCGAAUCACCCCUCUGUCCCCCCGCUGGAGGUGGCAAGCCGUGUGCUGUCUCCACGCAGCAGCAGGACAUGGUGACUUCUGGUGGUGUGUUGGCUGCGGAACGCUGUGAUGACAUAGUUACCCGGCCUGAAAGCCCCCCAGGACUGCCCCCCACGCAGCAUCCACCCCCCGCCGCCUGCUGUGAAGGUCCACGGACUAGCCCGGCCGCCCCCGGCCCUGUGCGAGAUACCCAGGAACAUGUGGCAUUUUGUCGUCUUGAAGUUUCGGAUACGAAGGGCCAAGGAGGAGAUUUGAAAUUAGAAACCAACUCAACAGACACGCUCGGGGUGCGUCCGCACGCUGCUGCCCUCGGAGCCGAGAAGGAGCUGGUGCCGGACCAGGCAGUGACAUCAGACAGGGCUUUUUCUCUGGCAGGCGGUUCAGGCAGUGAAUCAGUAACCAAAGAUGACGCGCUUUCUCUUGUCCCCUCCCAGAAAGAAAAGGGAACAGCAGCUCCUGGACUGCACACGGCUCCAGACGGUAGAGAUGGCCCGGGCGGAGAUGCGAACGAGCCCCUAGAAGACGGCGCCUCAGGCCUGCCCGUGCCCUCCGCCGCUCUCCAGCUUCAGCCCAGCAUGGGGAAUACCAGUCCCACGGCACUUGGCGAGGAACAAGGGGGACCCUGCCUCUCAGCAGCCCCCGAAGUUCCGAAUCUCGAGGGUGGCGCGGACUCUUCUCUGCUGCCUGCGGGGAAGGCCACUGUGGCCUCCAGUUCCAUUUUGACUGAAGAAGGGAAAAAUCUGGUGCUUCCAGAAAGCUCUGAAGCUCAGGGACAGGGUGGCAGGGAUAAAGCAGUGACUUGUUCCCCUGUUAAGGAAGACACGCUUUCCUUGGGAACGUUUCAGGAAGAGCGGAGAACACCACCUCCCGGACAGGAGGCGCAGGGACUCCGUGGAGAGCCCGGCUCCGCUGGCUGUGGCGAGGACAGAGCCCAGGAGCACGGCAACACGCUGGACACGCCCUCGGCCUGCCUUGAUGCAGAAACUCGGCAAAACAAGGAAGUGGCCCCACCAGUCUCGCCACCGACUGAAGGUGGGGCUGCACAGAGCCUGGUGCCGCCGGGAGCCGGGCUGGCUGCAGCCCCACGCCAGGAAGCCCUGGGUGCAGAGCAGGGCAGCUCGGCUCCCUUGCCAGGGCUCUUACCAGAUGGGGCUGAGGCUCAGCCUUGCAGUCGAGCUUUUGCUCUGGAUGCUGGAGUGCAUAACCUUCACUCCCAGGGAAUAAACCCUGCUUGUGAGGUGAACGGAAAGGUGGCCUUGGAUGUCGCCGUGGCUAACGCUUUACCAGGCACCGUUGGGGCCAGGAGACAGGCUGCAUCACACAACACACAAGACCUCCCGCUUCCAAAAGCCUCGUUGAGCCAGGAGGAGAAUAUGAUCCUGGGGUCGCCAGGAGCUUUACCAGACAGAGGAGUGACUGACCCACAGGGCGCUGCGACUCCAGAGUUGCUCCCUCUCGUUUGGAAGGGAGCAGACCACGGCAGCAGCUUGGGCAGCUCCGGGGAGGCACAGGUGGACACCCAGGCACAUCACAUCCUACGGCAGCCUGUUGCCACAGAGGUCCCCCUGGAGGCUGGGCUCCCACGCACUGGUGACCAGGCCCUAGGCGGGGAAAGGAGCGCUCCCCCUCUGCCCUGUGCUGCGCAUCUGCCCGAGAGCGCCGACUCCAUCGAGGAGGCCGCAAGUCGCAUUGUGGAGGCCGUCCUAGAUCAAGUCAAGGCCUCGGGAGCACUCCUCACUGGGCGGGGGACCAGUCACAUGUCACUGUCCAGUCCUCCAGAGUCAGGCCCGGUGACCGAGCGGCCAGUGAGUACUUCUGCAGAGAACGUGAUCGCCUUUGUGCCUGGGCAGACCCCACAAACGGGCAGUGUUCGUGAAGAAGCCCCUGGCAACCUCGCAGGGUGUUCGGCUGAAAGCGGGGAGCUGGAGAAGAUGAAUCUGCUUGCUGACGGACCUGAGCCGGCAACAGAAAUGCCAGACCUGAAAGCUGCCGACGAAGUGGAUUUUCGGAGUAAUGGGAGGACGGGCGUGGCCUCUGCAGAGGUGGCCGUGGGAGACAUGGCCACCACAGCAGAGAUGAAACCAGGCCUAAAGACCCAGGCGAUAAACCGGGAAAGCUGGUGUACAAUACAGCCGUGCCCUGAUGCAGCGUCUCUCUUGGCUCCCACACAGAGCCCAGGAUGUGACAGCUUCCUGGAUGUUGGACUGGCCAGAGAGUGUGCCUCAAAACCAGGUGUGCUCAAACGAGAAUCCGGAAGUGACUCUGACCUCUUUCAGUCACCCAGCGAAGAAGUGGACAGCAUCAUCUUCUCCAAGCCCGAGGAAGAGCAGUUGGUCUGUGAUAUCACCGGAUCCAGUUCUUCCACCGAUGACACGGCUUCCUUGGAUCGACAUUCCUCUCAUGGCAGUGACGUAUCCCUCCCCCAGAUUUCAAAUUUGAACAGGUCCAGAGAUCAGCAGUGUCUUGACAGCUUCUACCGCCAUGGGGCUGGAGCUGAGGGUCGAGAGAGUGAGGGCGAAGCUGCUGGCUCAGGUGAGAUGGACGAGGAGGAGAUGGACAGCAUCACCGAAGUGCCCACGAACCGCUCUGUGCUGAGGGGCUCGAUGCGCUCCCUGUCCCCUUUCCGGAGGCACAGCUGGGGUCCUGGGAAGAACGCGGCCAGCGACGCGGAAAUGAAUCAGCGCAGUUCAUUGCGAGUUCUUGGGGACGUUGUCAGGAGACCCCCCAUUCAUAGGAGAAGUAUGAGCUGGUGUCCUUCUGGUGUGCAAUAUUCUGCUGCCCUGAGUGCUGACUUUAAUUACAGAAGUUUCAGCCUAGAAGGCUUGACAGGAGGAGCCGGUGUCGGAAACAAGCCGUCCUCAUCUCUAGACGUAAACUCUGCAAACACCAAAGAGCUCAGGCACCCUUUCAGUGGGGAGGCGAGGGGUGACUCUCUGAUGUCGCUUUCAGAAGAGGAUCUGGAAUCAGGCCAGAGAGAACACAGGAUGUUUGAUCAGCAGGCAUGUCCCAGAUCUAAACAACAGGGAUUUAAUUACUGUACAUCAGCCAUUUCUUCUCCAUUGACAAAAUCCAUCUCACUAAUGACAAUCAGCCAUCCUGGGUUGGACACCCAGCCACGGAUGCAGCCAGCAAGGCGGGUCUCCUUCUCCGUCCGCAUCUCUCCACAUCUCCUUAAGUCUAAAACUCUCUUUUCUCUUGGCUCUUCUCACUCCAUUGAUGGCGAGGAGGAGUUGCGUAAUUCACGGCCUUUCCACAGCACCAGUGCUAACCUGACCGAGAGUAUAACAGAAGAGACCUAUAGUUUCCUGCCUCAGAGCCCCUCCAAGAAAGAUUUUGAAGGCAAGAGUGGAACAAAAGUCAGCCGCACAUUCAGCUACAUCAAGAAUAAAAUGUCCAGCAGUAAGAAGAGCAGAGAAAAGGAAAAAGAGAAGGAGAAAAUCAAGGAGAAGGAGAAAGAUUUGAAGGAGAAGGACAAGGACAAGAAGACUGUCAACGGACACGCUUUCAGUUCCAUCCCUGUUGUGGGUCCCGUCAGCUGUAGCCAGUGCGUGAAGCCUUUCACCAGCAAGGACGCCUACACUUGUGCAAGUUGCGGUGCUUUCGUCCACAAAGGCUGCAGAGAGAGUCUGGCCUCCUGUGCAAAGGUCAAGAUGAAGCAGCCCAAGGGGACCCUGCAGGCACAUGACACAUCUUCGCUGCCCACGGUCAUCAUGAGAAGCAAGCCCUCCCAGCCCAAGGAGCGCCCCCGAUCCGCGGUCCUCCUGGUGGAGGAAACCACUGCCGUCCCCAUGUUUGCCAGUAGACGGUCACAGCAGAGUGUCUCACUCUCCAAAAGUGUCUCCAUACAGAACAUUGCUGGAGUCGGCAAUGAUGAGAACAUAUCAAACACCUGGAAGUUCCUGUCUCAUUCGACAGACUCACUAAAUAAAAUCAGCAAGGUCAAUGAGUCGACAGAAUCACUUACUGAUGAGGGAGUAGGUACAGACAUGAAUGAAGGACAGCUGAUGGGGGACUUUGAGAUGGAAUCCAAACAGCUAGAAGCAGAGUCCUGGAGUCGAAUAGUGGACAGCAAGUUUCUGAAACAGCAAAAGAAAGAUGUGGUCAAACGGCAAGAAGUGAUUUACGAGUUGAUGCAGACAGAGCUGCACCACGUCCGGACGCUCAAGAUCAUGAGCGACGUGUACAGCCGGGGGAUGAUGACCGAGCUGCUCUUUGAGCAGCAGAUGGUGGAGAAGCUGUUCCCCUGUUUGGACGAGCUGAUCAGUAUCCAUAGCCAGUUCUUCCAGAGGAUACUGGAGCGGAAGAAGGAAUCUCUGGUGGAUAAAAGUGAGAAGAACUUUCUCAUCAAGAGGAUGGGGGACGUGCUUGUAAAUCAGUUUUCGGGGGAGAACGCGGAGCGCUUGAAGAAGACGUACGGCAAGUUCUGUGGGCAGCACAACCAGUCUGUAAACUACUUUAAAGACCUUUACACCAAGGAUAAGCGGUUUCAGGCCUUUGUGAAGAAGAAGAUGAGCAGCUCCGUCGUGAGGAGGCUGGGAAUCCCAGAGUGCAUACUGCUGGUGACCCAGCGGAUCACCAAAUACCCGGUGUUGUUCCAAAGGAUCCUGCAGUGUACCAAAGACAAUGAGGUGGAGCAGGGAGAUCUCGCUCAGUCCCUCAGCCUGGUGAAGGAUGUGAUUGGAGCCGUAGACAGCAAGGUGGCAAGUUACGAAAAGAAAGUGCGUCUCAAUGAGAUUUAUACGAAGACAGAUAGCAAGUCGAUCAUGAGGAUGAAGAGUGGCCAGAUGUUUGCCAAGGAAGAUUUGAAGCGGAAGAAGCUUGUGCGGGACGGGAGUGUGUUUCUGAAGAACGCGGCAGGAAGGCUGAAAGAGGCUCAAGCAGUUCUCCUUACUGACAUUUUAGUUUUCCUUCAAGAAAAAGACCAGAAAUACGUCUUUGCGUCAUUGGACCAGAAGUCAACAGUGAUCUCUUUGAAGAAGCUGAUUGUGAGAGAGGUAGCGCACGAGGAGAAAGGUCUGUUCCUGAUCAGCAUGGGCAUGAGGGACCCCGAGAUGGUGGAAGUGCACGCUGGCUCCAGAGAGGAGCGGAACAGCUGGAUUCAGAUCAUCCAGGACACGAUCAACACCCUGAACAGAGAUGAAGACGAGGGAAUUCCUAGCGAGAGCGAGGAAGAAAAGCGGGCGCUGGACAGCAGAGCGCGGGAAUUAAAAGAACAACUUCAGCAGAAGGACCAGCAGAUCCUUCUCUUACUGGAAGAGAAGGAGAUGAUCUUUCGGGACAUGACUGAGUGCAGCACUCCCUUGCCUGAGGAGUGCUCCCCGACUCACAGCUCUAGAGUCCUCUUCCGCUCCAACACAGAAGAGGCACUCAAAGGAGGACCUUUAAUGAAAAGUGCAAUAAAUGAGGUGGAGAUCCUUCAGGGUUUGGUGAGUGGAAGCCUGGGAGGCACACUGGGGCAGGCUGUCAGUAGCCCUGUUGAGCAAGAAGGUACGGUUGGCCCUGUUUCCUUGCCCCGGAGAGCAGAGACCUUUGGAGGAUUCGACAGCCAUCAGAUGAAUGCUUCUAAAGGAGGCGAGAAGGAAGAGGGAGAGGAUGGCCAAGAUCUUAGAAGAACAGAGUCGGACAGUGGUCUGAAAAAGGGUGGAAAUGCUAACCUGGUAUUUAUGCUUAAAAGAAACAGUGAGCAGGUUGUCCAGAGUGUCGUUCACCUCCACGAACUCCUCAGCACGUUGCAGGGCGUGGUGCUGCAGCAGGACAGCUACAUCGAGGACCAGAAGCUGCUGCUGGCCGAGCGCGCGCUCAGCCGCAGCUCGUCGCGCCCCAGCUCCCUGGUGGAGCAGGAGAAGCAGCGCAGCCUGGAGAAGCAGCGCCAGGACCUGGCCAACCUGCAGAAGCAGCAGGCGCAGCACCUGGACGAGAAGCGGCGGCGCGAGCGCGAGUGGGAGGCCCGCGAGCGGGCGCUGCAGGAGCGCGAGGCGCGGCUGGCGCAGCGCGAGCAGGACGUGCGGCAGGGCCGCCAGGACCUCGACCGUGACCGCGACGAGCUGCAGUUCAAGAAGGGCGCCUACCAGUGCGACCUGGAGAGGCUGCGCGCUGCCCAGAAGCAGCUGGAGAGGGAGCAGGAGCAGCUGCGCCGGGACGCCGAGCGCCUUAGCCAGAGGCAGGCGGAGCACGACGCCUGUCAGGUGUCUCACCCUCACACCAAGCUGCUGAGGAUCCCAUCCUUCUUCCCGAAUCCUGAGGAGUCCCCCUUGCCGUCUGUACCUGCGAUAGCCAAAUCAGGGUCACUGGACUCAGAACUCUCGGUGUCCCCAAAAAGGAACAGCAUCUCUCGGACACACAAAGAUAAGGGGCCUUUUCACAUACUGAGCUCCACCAGCCAGACAAACAAAGUAGCAGAGGGUCCGAGCCAGGCCCCCGUGCCCGCCUCCGCCUCCACCCGCCUGUUCGGGUUAGCCAAGCCAAAGGAGAAGAAGGAGAAGAAAAAGAAGAGUAAAGGAAGCCGCUCUCAGUCUGGUGAUGGCCCCGCAUCAGAAGUGCCCACGGAGGGUGAAGAGAUCUUCUGCUGACCCUGCCCUCUGUCCCGGCCCGUGGCUGCCAGCUCCCCACUGGCCUGCCGUUCCUGGGUGUGCUCUCCUACCGUGGACGCCCAUGCCAGGAGACCAGGGCCCUGGACCAGGAACAGAUGGUCUCGAAUGUCAGGGUGGGGUGGGAGCCCGGGGCUGGUGGCAUUGGUGGCAGCCAACGGCUCCACUGAGGAUGUUUCAGUGGUCCGGGCACUGGUUUGGGGCACGUCAGGAACUCCUAAAGGCUGAAAGAGGUUUCCAAAUAAGGUCUGAAGUUAUCGCUGCCUGUUAUUUGGGGGACACAGCAGUCCGACAAGCAGAUAGUGGGACUUUGUCCGUGUGCGUACCGGUACCCGUCUGCAUGGACACGUAGGGUCUGCCGGAAACGGGCACCCUCCGUGGCAGGCACCGGCUCGGCUCGGCAAUGAAAGUGCUCCCCGGCCUGCUCAGGUAGCGUGUGGGCACGUGGGGCUCCCCGGUCCUCUGCGGCGGUUUUCCCAGAACCUUACCCCGUGCACACCUCACCCCUUUUUGCAUGUAUUUCUCAUUUCAUUUUGGAAGGGAGGGCGAACGUUUGUGAAAACCAGUGAGAGAAGGUGUCAUGUGUUCAAAGAGCAUAUAUAUGUACAUGAUCUGCACCAUCCUGAUUUGGGGAUUUCAGCUAUUUAAAAAAAAAAAAAAAAUCUAAUUUCAACAUCCAAUCCAAAGAAAUCCUAAUCUGGCUUCCUGUUUUUCCUGCAUUGUGACACUUUUUGGUUGUCACUGACCCACAGCCUCCUGGCAACCUCCCAAGGGAAAAGCUACAGCUCCGGCAGCGAGGUUGUCCCCACCCCUGUUACCAGGACAACCGGCUGAGUAGGUUCAGGUGAAGGAGUUCAGCCCGUGUGCAGCAAUGUCCACCAGUGUAGACCGAGGGAAGCACUGGCCCAGGUGUGGCUCAGAAACGUUUUCAUUCUGUCUUGGGGGCCUCGGCAGAAUUUGAUCUCUUAAAACCUUUUUCCAGUCUGAAGGUCUGUUGGUUGUUGUAGGUCACCCCUUGAAGGUGCCUCAAAUGCUGCGUGGUCUUUCUUUGUCUUUUCCCCACCGUGGGUGAUCCGUGUCUGCUCGAGGCUCGUCACCAGCUGGUUGGAGCAGGACAGUUCGUGGAGUUCCCUCUGAGGCCCGUGUGCCUGCUGGAUUCACUGCUUCCCUGCAGGGGGACAGCCUAGAAAAGUCUGUGCUUUCAGUGCGCCCUUUGAUUCCUGCUUAGUGCCCCUCAGGAGCAUGGGUCUUGGGACAUACUUGUUGGAAAAGCAAAAUCUGUAACUUGGUGCUUGUUGAUGAAUUGCAAGCUGGCCUUGCAGAUGGAGAUAUUUAUCUUUCAGUUUAUUUGAAAGAGGUCUGCUUUAAAAUUUUUAGCUUAGAUUUGUUUAUUUAUUUGUGUGUGUGUGUGUGUGUUAAGGGUAAACAUACCGGCCCAACGGUUUCAGCUCUCCGAUCCACGAGGAACUUGAUGAGCCAGCAGUGCGGCUCACUCCUCAGUGUCUGUCCAAGUGCCUUGAGGGCCCAAAAGAAAAUUAAGGGUUGGGGCAGGGGUCCGUGUCCUUCCCUCCUCCUUCCCCACCUCCCUUCUUUGCUCUAGGGUUGUCUUCCUUGCUUGAGAGUCGAGAAACGCCACCUGUGGGUUACAUUUGCCUCUUUCUGUCCUGGAGAUCUAGCCUUCAGAAACAGACUCUCAGAACCAAACCAACUAAUCUUUUGAACUACGAUGUACCCCCCUCACCCCGCCCAAGACC